UUUUAAACCUUAUCUUGCCAUCUGUUAAACUGGCUGUUGGACAUCACGUUCGAGACGUCUUCAAACUUUAUCUAAGGUUUUCUGAGGGAUUUAACUUUAAACAAUUAGAAUCAGAACCAGUAAUGGCGGCCUCUACGAAGUAAAGCAAGAGGAUUGACAAAAAGUUAUAUUUUUGCUCGUAAAAAUAAAGAUGGGACAGAACAGAUUUGUGUGUGGAUUACUUUUCCUCCUGGUUUGGGUUACGGUGGUCAAUACAAAUUCAACAGUGCCGACGUGUUCUAUCUGUCAGGCCAUACAGAAACCUAAUUUGGGUCACGUAAAGUUGCUCUUUGAAGACUUGUUCACACACAACAACGAAUACAGCAAUUUAGUAUUCCCCCAUGAAGACCAGCUCGCUACUAUCAAAGUCAACAUGAAAUUCGCUUUAUAUUCGAUUCCAGAGUUUGAUGAAGUCGGAGGAACGCUUAGCGUGAUAGGCCGUCUGAAAAUGGCUUGGUUUGACCACUUCGUUAUUGAAAAAUACGUACCACAAAGACACGUUCUGGAAGCAAUAAACAUUGCACAGGAUGACAUCUGGCUCCCGCCAAUUACCGUGUUCAACUCCGUGGAAUCGCUAACUCCUGUCGGACAUUCUGGCUACGAAGUGACCGUUACCCUCACCAAUGGUUAUAUUCAGUGGGAGAUUGGCGUGGUGACCAAAACUGGCUGUACAGUGGUGGCAACUGACUAUCCUUUUGACACUCAAUAUUGCACGAUUUCGUUCACUCCUUGGGGGUAUUCAAACAGUGAAGUAUCCAUUAUUACGGACGAAGAGAAUAUCAACCUGGAAGAUUUCAUUGAAAAUGAAGAGUGGGCCGUACUUGAGUCGACGCAAGAACUUUCAGUGGCCGCAAAUCGCUCCAUCAUCAGUUACCACUUGACACUCAAACGUAGACCUGUAUUUUUCAUCGUCAACAUGAUGGUCCCAGUCAUCUUGUUAGGGAUGUUGAACAGUCUCUGCUUUGUUCUUCCUAUUGACUCCGGUGAGCGAGUUGGCUUUGCAACCAAUGUUUUCCUCACAUUCGCUGUGUAUUUGACCAUUCUUUCCUCAGAACUUCCGGUAUCUAGCCCUCUAUCGAUAAUGAGUUACUACGUGGCCGCCAUGUUGUCCGUGAGUAGCGUCACUACUCUAAUCGCCAUAUUUACGAUCCAGGUCUCCAUCUACGAUCCCAACGAAAAGAUACCCACCAUACUUGUGUAUAUUGUUGCUUUUAUCACGUGCCGUGUCUGCCGUAAGCGCUACCGUCGGAUGGGAUUGCGGCGUCAUCAGACGUUCGAAAAAACACCGCUGGAAGACGAUGGGAGGGAUCCAGCGGCUGCCGGCGAAGUCACUGAUGAAGAUGAUGAUGAUGAAGAUGACAUUGAGAAGUAUAGAUUCGGUGUCUCGUGGUUGGUGGUCGGUAAAACGCUGGACAAAAUUUUCUUCUUGUUGUUUGCUUCCGGAACUCUUGCUGUGUCGGGGUACUUCUUAGAUGAAGUCUGGAAACCCCCAAUUACGGUUUUCAAUUCCGUAACCGCUUUGAAUGCUAUAGGAGAUCCUAACUAUUAUGUGCGGAUUCAUGUACUAGACUCCGGAGCCAAGGCAGAUAUGGAGUGGUUCCCGGGAAUUGUGACACAGACUGCUUGCAAUGUGGAUGUAUCCAACUAUCCCUGGGACAUCCAACAGUGUACCGUCGAUUUCACGCCGUGGGGAUACCACCCUGAGGAAAUCGACUUUAACCUGACAUCAAACCAGGUAGACACAUCCAAGUUUCAAGGAAGCGAUAUAUGGGAAAUCAAGUCUUCCGCUGUCUCUCAUGAGGUUAUUGGUAAUUCUAGUUUUGCCAAAUACACGUUACAGUUGGCAAGAAAGCCUAAUUUCUUUCUUAUAUACCUCGUGCUACCAAUUGAACUUCUUUCUCUGCUAAACGUGGUAGUUUUCAUCCUCCCUGCAGAUUCCGGUGAGCGGGUCGGUUACUCUGUCACAGCUUUUCUGACUUUCGCCGUAUAUGUUACUAUCGUUUCAGACAACCUUCCGAAAACAUCGAGCCCGAUGUCUAUCUUUGCCUACUUCAUGAUAACCAUGUUAAUGAUCAGUGCAUUCAUUUGCUUCGUGACUAUAAUGUCCCUUCGUGCUUAUAUCCGCGACACCGAGGACCCUGUGCCGAGGUGGGUAAUACGAGCAAUUGGCAUUGCUUACUGUCGUUGCUGCUGCUCAAAGAAGAAUGAAAAGAACGAAGCUGAAGAAGAAACGGCCACUAAAAGACCACCAACGCCAAAGAACAGAGUUAUAAAGGUCGACACGGACAAUUCCAAAGGAAGGUGGGCCAAACUGAAAGAACAAACAUUGCCGAAGAACAGAGUUUCUCCGACAACGAUGGAGGAAAUUGAAGAUGUAAGCGAUGAUGACUUUUCGAGCGACAGCGAAUCUGAUGAAGAAGAAGAGAUGGAAUGGUCUGAAGUAGGCGCCGCCAUCGAUGUCGUGUGUAUUUGUACGUUCCUUUUCAUGAUUGUCAUGGCUUCAGUGGCCUUCCUAACUCCCCUUGCUACAUCCAGAAUGUGAAGCAGGUCUAUAUAUGUAUUACUGAUUUCAAUUUGUACAUAUGUUAAAAUUGUAUUUUUUAUUUCAUCCACACAAAUUUUAAAAAGCGAUAUUUAAUUCACCUGAUAUAUUUUCUGUCAUA